UUUUCAAAUCUCUCCUCAAAUCCCCAACCAAACAGAGCAUAAGGGAAAAGAUCACAGAGCAAUCAUAUAUUUAAUAACUAGAUGGAAUAAAUUAGAAAUUUUUUGUAGUUAACGUGAAAUGAGAUUUGUAGUACUCUUUCUUCAUGGAACUUGGUUGGGACUUCAUUUUUAUGGGGCUAUGGAAACCAUUUUUGCUGAAGGUGAAAGUGGAUCUUCAUUAGCAUGAUUUUAAAGUGGCAAGUGGUGGCAGACAGGUGGUUGGAGGUGGCCCGGUGGUGGGGGUGGGCGGCUGGCUGACUGGCAUCCUUUUUUUAAGGUUGUGUUUUUGGGAAAAUAGAAUGAAGUAUAAGCUAAAUUUUGUUCACUUUUCCCUCAUUUUUCCUUUCCCUCCACAAGUCCCUCCUCAAAUUCAAGAUCCAAACACAACCUAAAGGAUAGAUCAAUUGGCCAGGAACAGGGACAGAGAAGCCUGAUUACCUGGCUACAGUGGAUAUAGAUCCGAACUCUCAAACUUAUUCAAAAGUCAUCCACAGACUGCCUAUGCCUCAUAUCGGUGAUGAAUUACAUCAUUCUGGAUGGAAUGCAUGCAGCUCUUGCUAUGGAGAUGCAUCAGCAUCACGGCGUUACCUUGUCUUGCCUUCACUAGUAUCUGGGCGCAUAUAUGCAAUUGACACACAAAAGAAUCCAAGGGCCCCCACUUUGCAUAAAUAUGUGGAGCCGACAGAUAUCAUUCAGAAGACUGGAUUAGCAUAUCCACAUACAGCACAUUGUCUUGCUUCUGGUGAUAUAAUGGUCUCAUGCCUUGGAGAUAAAGAUGGAAAAGCUGAGGGAAAUGGGUUUCUUCUUCUCGACUCAGACUUUAAUGUGAAAGGAAGGUGGGAUAAACCAGGGCAUAGUCCACUUUUUGGUUAUGAUUUCUGGUACCAACCCCGGCACAAGACAAUGAUCAGCACAUCAUGGGGAGCCCCUGCAGCUUUCACCAAAGGUUUCAACCUCCAGGAUGUCUCAGAUGGCCUUUAUGGGCGCCAUUUGCACGUUUAUAGUUGGCCUGAUGGUGAAUUAAAACAGACUAUGGAUCUUGGAAAUACAGGACUACUACCCUUAGAGAUAAGAUUCCUGCAUGACCCAUCUAAAGAUACAGGGUUUGUUGGGUGUGCCUUAACCAGCAACAUGGUGCGAUUUUUCAAGGCCCCAGAGGGAUCAUGGAGCCAUGAGAUUGCAAUCUCGGUGAAACCAUUGAAGGUGAAAAACUGGAUUCUUCCUGAAAUGCCUGGACUUAUAACUGAUUUUCUGAUAUCACUUGAUGAUUGCUAUCUCUACAUGGUGAAUUGGCUUCAUGGUGAUAUCAGACAGUAUAACAUUGAGGACCCUAAGAACCCUGUACUCACAGGCCAAGUAUGGGUUGGAGGGCUGAUUCAAAAAGGAAGCUCUGUAUUGGCUGAGGCUGAUGAUGGUACAACAUACCAGGUCGAUGUCCCAGAGAUCAAGGGAAAACGAUUGAGAGGAGGACCACAGAUGAUCCAGUUGAGCUUAGAUGGGAAGCGGCUUUAUGUUACCAACUCACUCUUCAGUCAAUGGGACCGUCAGUUUUAUCCUGAUGUCGUGGAGAAAGGCUCACACAUGCUACAGAUCGAUGUCAACACUGAGAAAGGUGGUCUUGCAAUAAACCAGAAUUUCUUUGUGGACUUUGGAUCCGAACCUGAUGGGCCUUCCCUUGCCCACGAGAUGAGAUAUCCUGGUGGUGACUGCACUUCCGACAUAUGGAUUUAAGUCGCUUUUGUGUGUUUCUGAAUAAAGGGUUGCAUCUUAGCAUAUCAACUGAGACAAACAUGGCUGUCACGGGAUGCCAUUGUUGCCUAAAAUGUUUCAUACUUGACAAAAUACGAGCUAUAAAUUCUGUUAAGACGUGAUCCACUGAAUUUUCAGGUUGUUAAUUACUGUCCAAGUUGAAAUAACAAUCAGAUUAGAAAUGCUUCCUGGCUGCGCAUGAA